AUAAUAGCAAACUAUAGAAAACUUCAGCACAGUUAAACACAUAAUGUAAUCAUAUGGGGCCUCUUUUGUUUGUUUGUUUUCUUUAUUAUUUUCAAAUUUCCGACUGUCCAGAAGUGUCCAGCCCUGAUCCGCGACAUGCCGUCCUCUGACACGCUGACGCGGUCAAAACGAUUCCUCCAAAUCUGUACCGGUGGACGCGUUUCGACGUCACGCGGCAUCUGAUCACCGUACCAUCUAAACACUAAAAUCACUGUCAAUAAAACUGAAUGUAUAUUUGUCUUUUGGCAGAUCGUGUCGAUGCUCUUCACCUCCAUCGCAAAGCUGACUCCUGAGGCCGCCAAUCCUUUCUUCAAGCUGCUGACCAUGUUGAUGGAGUUUGCGGGCGGACCGCCGGGGAUGCCCUCCUUCGCCUCCUACAUCCUGCAGAGGAUCUGGGAGGUGAUCGAGUACAACCCGUCCCAGUGUCUGGACUGGCUGGCCGUCCAGACUCCCAGAAACAAACUGGCCCACAGCUGGGUGCUGCAGAACAUGGAGAACUGGGUGGAACGCUUCCUGCUGGCUCACAACUACCCCCGAGUCCGCACAUGUGAGAACCGCCACAGGCUUCAGUCUGACUGCAGACAGACGCUUUUCCAGUUUGUCAACAGUGAUGACGUGCAGAAGG